CACUCAGAAUUGGCAGUCAAACUUUCAGUUGCAGAACAACGACCAGAGAUAUUAUAUCGGGAGCGGCAAUUUAAGAGUUUCUCACAAACUUACAAAAGGAUUUCUUCAUCUCAAGUUUACAGUUGUUUGAAUCUUCCUACUUGGUUUUCUGCGGAAGGAUGAUGUUUAACGUUUUCAACACGGAGUGCGAUUCCUCCUCACGCUGCAGCACCGCUUCCCCGUCCGGUGACAACCUGGGAUACUACCCGUCACCAGCGGGGUCUUACUCCAGCAUGGGAUCUCCCCAGUCUCAGGAUUUCACCGACCUGACAGCAUCAAGUGCCUCCUUCAUCCCCACUGUCACAGCGAUUUCGGCAAGCCCGGAUCUGCAGUGGAUGGUCCAGCCUUUGAUCUCCUCAGUGGCCCCUUCUCACAGAGCUCCCCCCUACAGCUCCAGCCCCAGCCCGGCGUACUCCAGACCAGGCAUGAGGUCCUCAUCCAGGGCUCAUAAUUCUACCAAGAGGGCCAGAAUGGAUCAGGUGACACCUGAGGAGGAAGAGAAGAAAAGAGUUCGCAGAGAGAGAAACAAGCAGGCAGCCGCAAAAUGCCGCAACAGGAGGAGAGAGCUUACAGACACUCUGCAAGCUGAAACCGAUCAGCUUGAGGAUGAGAAGUCCAGCCUGCAGACCGAUAUUACUAAUCUUCUGAAGGAGAAGGAAAGGCUUGAGUUCAUUCUGGCUGCCCAUCAACCCAUCUGCAAAAUCCCUUCAGAGCUGGACAUGGACUUCUCUGUGGCCUCCAUUUCUCCUGCUCAGCCCAUCCUCUCCAACGCAGUGUCCUCCCAGCCACAGACCAUCAUCCCAAAGGCAAACACUAUCACUUCCAGCCAGCCAACCUUCACCUCAACCUCCAACUCCAUCUUCUCCAGCAGUAGCUCCGUCCUCUCCACCGCCACCAUCACCAGCAGCGCGGUCAAGAUGACAGACCUCGACUCCUCUGUCCUCGAGGAGUCCUUGGAUCUGCUGGCAAAGACCGAGAUGGAGACAGCGCGGUCAGUGCCAGAGGUUGACCUGUCCAACUCCCUCUACACAACUCAGGACUGGGAGCCCCUUCACGCCUUAGCCAAUAACGGUGACUUUGAGCCCCUGUGCACGCCUGUGGUGACCUGCACACCAUCCUGCACCACCUACACGUCUUCUUUUGUGUUUAGCUUCCCAGAGGCAGAGACCUUCCCCACUUGUGGUGUCGCCCACAGGAGAGAAAGCAACAGCAACGACCAGUCUUCUGAUUCCCUCAGCUCCCCAACCCUGCUGGCCCUUUAAAGACUUCCAAAAACAAUACUUCCUAUAGAGCACAUAUCUUGAUGUAUAAGACCGAUGUGCAGAUCACAGGGCUAUGGAAUUGACUUUUACCAGAAAGCACAUUUAUUUAUGAUUUGAUAUGCCUUUAUCUAUACUUGCCUAUUACUCCCAUGUAGCAAGUUUAAAAAGCAUGUUUUAACCAAUACCACCUAGACGUUUAAUGAGUUAUAUAAUUUUAUGGUGCUAGAUAACAAAACUUGUUGUAGUGUUGAUGUGUGUUCAGAGCAAUAGUUAUUAAUGAUUCCAAUUUGUUUUCUGGUUGAUGGAAUGUGAGAGUAAUUGUGGAAAAACUUAAAAACUGACGUGCUUUGUCUUAACCAU